UGUCCACUGUUUUAUCCGGAGACAGAUGCUCGGCGUGCAUUUGAUCUGAUUGUGCCAAAAUAAAGAGUUUACUGUCGUGAAGUUUGGUCUCUAAAUAAAGCUCUAAUUCUCUGCUCUGUGCUCGCGCUGUUUUCACCCCGAUAAACUGCUUAAACACCACGUUUUUUAUUCGAUAUUUCAGAGGAGAAAACACAGUCACUCGCGACUCGAGAAGGCGCGCAGUCACAGACAGACUGAGUCGAUAAGGUUCUCAUGUGUUGUAUAAGCGCGCGGCGCCUCUCGGCAGUCUAGCAUUACUGAUCGAGUUCAGUUCUUGUGACAGUUCAGAUCUAUUUAGAAGAAUGGCAGAAACCGCUCCAGCUCCAGCUGCUGCACCGGCCAAAGCGCCCAAGAAGAAAACUGCAGCCAAGGCGAAGAAAACGGGUCCGAGCGUGAGCGAGCUCGUCGUCAAAGCUGUGACAGCCUCCAAAGAGAGAAGCGGCGUGUCCCUCGCUGCCCUGAAGAAAGCGCUCGCCGCCGCCGGCUACGACGUGGAGAAGAACAACUCCCGCGUCAAGAUCGCCAUCAAGGGUCUGGUGACUAAAGGCACAUUGGUUCAGACUAAAGGAACCGGCGCGUCUGGCUCAUUCAAGCUGAACAAGAAGCAAGCAGAGACCAAGAAGGCCGCUCCUAAAGCAAAGAAGCCCGCAGCCAAAAAGCCCGCAGCUGCCAAGAAGCCCAAAACUGCUGCAGCAAAGAAGACCGCCACAAAGAAAUCUCCGAAGAAGGCAAAGAAGCCCGCUGCCACAGCCGCUAAGAAGGCGACGAAGAGCCCUAAGAAGGCAACCAAGAGCCCCAAGAAAGCAAAGAAGCCUGCGGCUCCUAAGAAAGCAGCAAAGAGCCCCAAAAAGGCGAAGGUUGCGAAGCCCAAGACGGCAAAGCCUAAAGCGGCCAAGCCUAAAAAGGCUGCACCCAAAAAGAAGUAAAGUCACCAGCUGAAGUGUUUUACUCUGAAAACAAACGGCUCUUUUAAGAGCCACCCACCACC